GCCCGCCGCCGCCGCUGCUUCUCGGGCCAGUCCGCGCGUCCCCGGGGCGGACGGAGGCUGCGGCGGACUGACGCGAGCGCCGAGGCGCCGGCGGCCGGGCGAGCGCGGCGCCGACAUGGCUCACCUCCGCGGAUUCGCCAGCCAGCACCCCCGUGUGGACCCCGAGGAACUCUUCACGAAGUUGGACCGCAUCGGCAAGGGCUCCUUUGGUGAAGUGUACAAGGGCAUCGACAACCACACCAAGGAGGUGGUGGCUAUCAAGAUCAUCGACCUGGAGGAGGCAGAGGACGAGAUCGAAGACAUCCAACAGGAGAUCACUGUACUCAGCCAAUGUGACAGCCCCUACAUUACCCGUUACUUCGGCUCCUACCUCAAGAGCACCAAGUUGUGGAUCAUCAUGGAGUACCUGGGUGGGGGCUCCGCACUGGACUUGCUGAAACCUGGCCCCCUGGAGGAGACCUCCAUCGCCACCAUCCUGAGGGAGAUCCUCAAGGGUCUGGACUACUUGCACUCGGAGCGCAAGAUCCAUCGCGACAUCAAAGCCGCCAACGUGCUGCUGUCUGAGCAGGGUGAUGUGAAGCUGGCUGACUUCGGUGUGGCGGGGCAGCUCACAGACACACAGAUCAAGAGGAACACGUUUGUGGGCACACCCUUCUGGAUGGCCCCUGAGGUCAUCAAGCAGUCUGCCUACGACUUCAAGGCCGACAUUUGGUCCCUGGGGAUCACCGCCAUCGAACUUGCCAAGGGGGAGCCCCCAAACUCAGACCUUCACCCCAUGCGGGUCCUGUUCCUGAUCCCCAAGAACAACCCACCCACACUCGAAGGCCCUCACAGCAAGCCCUUUAAGGAGUUCGUGGAGGCCUGCCUCAACAAGGACCCCCGAUUUCGGCCCACGGCCAAGGAGCUCCUAAAGCACAAGUUCAUCACGCGCUACACCAAGAAGACGUCCUUCCUCACUGAGCUCAUCGACCGCUACAAGCGCUGGAAGUCGGAGGGCCAUGGCGAGGAGUCCAGCUCCGAGGACUCGGAUAUCGAUGGCGAGGCUGAGGAUGGGGAGCAGGGCCCUGUGUGGACAUUUCCCCCAACUGUCAGGCCCAGCCCACACAGCAAGCUGCACAAGGGGACGGCCCUGCAUGGCUCACACAAGUCUGCUGAGCCGGUCAAGAGGCAGCCCAGGUCACAGUGUCUGUCCACGCUGGUGCGGCCCGUGUUUGGAGAGCUCAGGGAGAAGCACAUGCAGAAUGGUGGGGGUCUGGGGGCACUAGAAGAGCUGGAGAACGCCUUCAGUCUGGCUGAGGAGGCAUGCCCGGGCAUCUCGGACAAGCUGGUGCUACGGCUGGUGGAGCGUGUGCAGAGGUUCUCGCACAGCAGGAACCACCUGACCUCCACCCGCUGAGAGCUCGGCCUCGCAUCUCAGCACUGUUGGACCAGGAUGUGUCAGCUUGCAGGCCACCUGCCAAGGACAGGGCAGCCCUGCAGCCAUGGCCUGACAGCAAGGGCUGGGCAGUUCUGUCUCCUCCCAAGGCCCACAGGCACUGUCUCCGUAAAGUAUGUGUGUCACUGGGACGUCUUGUUUUUUAAGAAGUGAACUUUGUUCCCUUGAUAAUUUCAUAGAUUCAUCCCCACCCCUUUGAAUAAAGACCUGAACUGGUGA